AUGACGUCGUCACCUCUUCCCCGACCCGCGUCCUCAAGCCUCAACGCCCCGAUCCCUUGCAUCGUCGGUGAGGCCCGCGACCUCCUCUUCUUCCCACUCUCUGCUCCCGCAGCGCCCGCUCACCGCGCCGACUACCGCUUGCCCCCGUUCUCCCCUCGCGCCCCCUGCAAGCCCCGCCGCGGCAUGGCUCCGCCUCCCCCUGUCGCGCUUCGCCCGCAGCCGCGCUUCGGCGCCCGCUUGCGUGCCCGCACGUGCGCGCUCGCACCGGCGCCCGCGCCGACCGCUGCUCGCCGCCGCAACCGCAUGUCGCGUCCCCAACCGCGCCCCGGCUGCUCCCAGCCAGCCACCCCGCACCCACCUCCACAGCCGUCGUGCCCUGUCCUCCCGACUGCGUCUCCUGCCGCUGCCGCUACCGUGCCCCGCCUCCGCCUGUAG